GAUGUACCAUAGACAGCUAAUCUAAUACUAUGUUAUACCCUUAAUCUUGCACUAUCUCCUCACAUUCUCGCGAACGCAGCUUAAUUAGCUACCACCAAGUGAUUGAUGUGAAGAUACCAAAAAUGAAUUCACUCAGACUGUUACUAAUAUCCACUUUACUAUACACUCUCAGUCUAGCUCAACCGCAGUCAGCUCCGUUUUCUAACUGCCAGUCUGGAUACCAACAAUCACCAGAUGAACGAAGAAUAAAUAUAUCAAACGUAUAUACUCAAUUAGAUAAAUCUGCUAUAUCCACAGAACACAUAGCUGUUGGCCAGAAUAUCCUACGGACAAUUUUAAUUGGCGAUUUAAACGAUCCUUUAACCGCGACAAAUAGCUCUACGGACAGAUUAGCUACAUUAUUAGUUCAUUCACGUGCGCUCUCUUUCGAAUUAUACGAUCAACCACUUAGUUUAUGUGACCACGUUUUGGGCGCAAAUUCCAGUUCUAAUGAACCAGCUUGUCCUGCACCUGAAGGUCGAAUAGCAAUCGGUGUAGCAACACCUUUGCCAGACCCAGCGAAAUUUAAUAACCACCCUUACGCACUUACAACUCUCGUGAACACACUUCGUCUUCUCGAUGCUUCCGAUCCCGCAACGGAGUUAGCUUGCGUUGAUGUUCCAUUUACUCCUUAUUACCCAGAUGGAUGGUUUUAUGAACUAAUCUUUUGGAUUCCAAUUUCAAUCGCUAUCGCUUUCUUCGUUGUUCAGUCUAUAGCAAGAAUUAGCACAGCUUAUCGUAAAGCUAAAUCAACGAAAUUUGUUAGAACGUGGGCAGGUAGACAACGUCUAGAAACCAGCGUAAUUGGUGGUAUAUCCGGUCAGAUGUUUAGUACGACACCAGGUUUAUUACGUUUCGUUAGUCCCUCGGUUGGAAAUAUCAUCUUACACACCCAAUGGUGUGCAGUUUUAGGUAUGAUAGCUGUAAACUGGCCUUCAUUCGCCUAUCCAUUCUUUAAUCAAUUCGUCUGGUCUUCAUUAUUGUUUAAUGUCUCAUUAACAACAUCUGAUCAUGUUGAUCCACUAGCUACUGAAGAAUUAUCAAUACCUUCGCCAUUCGAUACCUUGUUAUUCGAAAAUAGCACAUCUCCUCUAUAUCUGAACCGCGAUGCACCAAAUAACCUACUAGACAAUGGAGAUGUUAGUCACGCAGCUGGAUUAGACAGCUUAGCACAGGUUAUAGGGUUAAAAAAGGAUGAUCUGUUUGGAUGCUCAGUUGCACUUGCUUUGGCAAUAGCAGCCGUUCUGAUUGUCGUAAGUUUACUUUUGUGGACUAUUGAUUCAAUGGGUAUGUUACUUUGGAAAAGACACGCAAAUAAGGGUCGUGAAGAUCGCAGUUUGGUUAACAGAUUAUCAAUGACAAACACGGCUUCUGAUGUUAGUGUCCUUGGUAACGGCAACUUCAAUAGACAUAAAUCAGAACAAGAUUUGACUUUACCACAAACUAAUGAUUCCUCAACGUUUAAACGAUUCCAGACAAAGUAUUCAAAUAAUAACAAUAAUGCUAGAUCAGGUUUCAGGAGAGCAAUAUGGGAGAUGAGAUUGGGAGGUGCCAGUGGUGGCUUCCAUUGGAAACUUCUUCAAGGAAAUUUAUUGAGAUUACUCUUGCUUUUCCAUUUCCCGGUUAUAAUCCUUUCAGUAUACCAAUUAUCAUUAAAUAAUGACGGUGCAACCAAAGUUAGUUUAGCUUUUGCUGCUCUUGCGCUUGUGUUCCUAGGCUUGGCUUUCCCAAUUUACGUCCUCAUUAGAGUUAGUAGAACACCCACCUUGAAGCUAUAUGAUGCGACGAGAACAAUUCUCGCGUUAGGUCCAUUGUAUAGUGUCUUCAGACCAGGUAGUCAUCUCUUUUGGGCAUUUUUCUUCACACAAAACCUCAUCGAAGGUAUAGUUAUAGGAGCUGCUCAAGCGUCAGGUACUGCCCAAUCAGUUAUUAUUUUAGUAGUUGAAGCAGCAGGUUUAUUAAUGAUGACAGUUUGGUCUCCAUGGGGAUACGGCGCUCAAAUGGGUUUACUUACGUUCUUGAAUUCCGUCGCAAGGGUUAUAACGAGUGCAUUACUUAUCGUACUCUGUCCAGCUGUAAACAUAAAUUAUGUUGCAGCGGGUUGGGUAACUUAUGUUAUAUUCGUGAUACAAGGAUUAGUAUUUGCAACCGCAUUGGUAAUCAUAUUAACCAAAAUCUUGGAAGGCCUUUUGCGUUUAUUUGCUGGUCUACCAUUCACUGAAGAUGCACCAACGCAUCAAUCAGGAUUGAUGGGCGCAAUAUCAUCAAUUGGCAAAAAGAAGAAGAAUAUUAUGGAUAGGGGCGCAGCUAACAGCGCAGUAUCGAAUACAACUUCUACUCAAGCUAUGCUUGAUAGACAUUCAGAACUCGAUACACCACAAAAACCAUAUGCUAAAAAGGGUACGCCAAGUGAUUAUAGUUUGUCAUUUAAUACUGCUCCUUCACAUAUGCGUGAAACUGAUGAUGAUUAUAUAAUGUCAGCAUGGAGACCUACUACUGCAUUCGAAGAUAGCAAUAGUAGUGAUGAAACCCAUGGUAAUUACCUUCAAAGGGCAAUAGAUAGCGAUAGUGAGGAUAGUCAUCAUAGAGUAGAUGACGAAGAAGCCUUACGUGGAGGUGACUCACCUGAUAACAGAACGAGUACACCAUUAGUUCCACCAAAUUUACCUAAUAGUUCAUUUAUUACUUCUAACGAUACGUUACAUUCUUCACAAAAUAUACAAUCUUCACAAAAUAAUGAAAUUCAUAGCGUACAUUCAAAUGACACAAUUGAUACAUCAAAACGGGUUAGAACACGUUCGUUUAGUGCCGUUGUUGAGGUAUUUGGUGAACAACCUAAAAAUUAUCAACCAGCGGAAUACAAGAACGUUGAUGAAAAUGAUCAUCAUAGUGAAGUCGUUGAAGGAAUUGGUGAAGCGAAGUAGAAGGUUCAAAUUCAAAUCCUGAAUUAGUUUUAUAUAUUUGUAAUAUCUCUCGUCUCGUAUAAUAUUAUUUUC